AUGAGGAUGACGUUGAUAGGCGACGGCAGUGGUGGUGGCAGCGGUGGUGAUAACGGCAAUGGUGGCACCGGUGGAGGCAGCGUAGUAGCAGCAGAUAGUGGUACUAGAACUGGGCAGCAGCAGCAGCAGCAGCACGAGGACACCGGUCGUUGUGGUAGUGGGGGUGGUGGAGGAACACGAAGUGGUGAGGCACGGGAACAGGAGGAACAGGGGAAGCGAGAAACCAGACGUUGGAGCGAAGGAGGCGUUAAAGAUCAAUCCGCUAAAAAGAAAGGUACAAAGGGAGGUGCUAAGAAGACGCUGGACGAUGCACUGCUGAUGGAUGGUGGAACUACAGUACGUCGCUCGAAGCCUUCCAAUAGCAGUAGCAGUAGCAACAGCAACAAGCGAUGGUCGAUGGUUGUCGUUGAUGGUGAUCGAUCGUCCUUUCGAGGUAGUAAGGACAAGGAUAAAGCUCACCAGCAGCGACGGCUUACACAAACGGACAACAUUACCAUCACAAGCACCACCACGAACGUUGCUACCCCAACUGGCAGCAACAGUGUGGUGGUGGUGGUGCCCGAUGAUGGUGCCGUGACAGCAGAGAAAGCCGCUGGUUAUAACAGCAUUUUCGCCUCCCUACUGCGGACUACCACACUUUAA